AGCAUGGGAGGACAAGCUCAUGAAAUUGACUUUGAACACUUGAGAGGUGUCAACAAUGCAUUUGCCAAUGGGGAAAAAGAGUUAGUGUUAGUGAGGGAAACCAUGAAUGCAGGAGGGAAGAAGCUCACUGAGGAGUUUGUUAUGGCAGAUGAGAAAUUGGAGACACUAAUCAAGGAAUUUUAUAUUCCUGAUUACAUUCUUGUCUCUGAAGAAUCGAAUUCUGAUUCUGCUUCUUCUUUCGAUGUACUACCUUCAUGUCCCGUGAUUGUCUUCAUUAAUUCAAAAAGUGGUGGUCAAUUAGGAAGUCAACUUUUAAUUACUUAUCGCUCACUUCUUAAUCAAAAUCAGGUUAUUGAUUUGGGAGAGAAAAAGCCUGAUAAGGCGUUGCAUGACGUCUAUGCAAGGUUGCAGAAAUUGAAGUAUAAUGGUGAUAAAUUUGCUGCUGAAAUUGAGAAGAGAUUGAGAAUUAUAGUUGCAGGUGGAGAUGGCACGGCUGGAUGGUUACUUGGUGUGGUUAGUGAUCUUAAACUACCGCAACCUCCACCGAUUGCUACUGUGCCAUUGGGGACUGGAAACAACCUCCCCUUUUCAUUUGGAUGGGGGAAGAAGAACCCUGGCACGGACCGCUUAUCUGUUGAGUCUUUCUUGGAGCAAGUAAGGACUGCCAAAGAAAUGAAAAUUGACAGCUGGCAUAUUAUCAUGAGAAUGAAGAUUCCAAAAGAAGGUUCUUGUGAUCCCAUUGCACCCCUCGAACUACCUCAUUCUUUGCAUGCAUUCCAUCGGGUCUCUCAUUCAGAUUCAUUGAAUAUGGAUGGUUACCACACUUUUCGUGGGGGAUUUUGGAACUACUUCAGCAUGGGAGUGGUGGUGGUGGAUUGGGGUUUUGUCAUGGUUAUUGGAUCUGGUGAGCUCUGCGGAAGCAGAGGGAACAUAGCACAGCUAGCAAGGGUUAAAAUCAUGAAAGGACAAGGUCAAUGGGUGGACCUCGAUAUACCUCGCAGUAUUUCUGAGAUCGCAUGUUAUGUUAUCUUUUCAAAUGUUCUCUUCUCAUAUCUUCUUCGUCUGACCGUGAGCAUCAGAUCUAUUGUUUGCCUCAACUUGCCUAGUUUUUCUGGUGGACUGAAUCCUUGGGGAACACCCAGUCGGGAGAAAUUGCUUGAUAGGGACUUGACACCUCCAUAUGUUGACGAUGGAUUUUUUGAGGUUGUUGGUUUUAGAAAUGCUUGGCAUGGGCUUGUUUUGCUUGCCCCAAAUGGACAUGGGACUCGUCUUGCACAGGCACGUAGAGUACGCUUUGAGUUCCAUAAGGGUGCAGCUGACCAUACAUUCAUGAGGAUUGAUGGGGAGCCUUGGAAACAACCUCUCCCUGUCGAUGAUAACACGGUUGUUGUUGAAAUUUCUCAUCGUGGCCAAGUGAGCAUGCUUGCCGCUCCAUCGUGCCGAUCUAGAAGCGUGUAUGACCCAUCUACACCUACCUGUUACCAAGAGGAGGCCAACGACAGUGAUGAAGAAGAUGAAUUGGCUGAAGAUUGGGAAGAAAGGAGGAAAUUUGGAGCUGCUGACACUUUCAAAUUUCCGGAUGGGUUUGAUAUAGCUCAACUUAGUUAA